GAAGCACGCGAGCAAUCGAACGAGCAAGCAAAGGAAUGCGCUGGAGCCCAACGCUUCUUUGGCUCGCCGUGGUGUGCUGGCCGGCCGCGGUCGUGUGGACGCUGGAGACGCGCAACGUGUCACACCCGAUUCGCGGCAGCCACGCGAGGGCGUCGCGGUUCCGGCCUGCCCCGGUGCUACGACACGGGUGCGACGGGACGCAGCUCGAGUUCGCCGACACCUGCGACUACGACGGAAGUCGAUGGAGCAGCAACGACGACGCCUUCCAAAUUGUGCCCGCCGAGAGGUUCCAGCACGCGCCUAUCAGAGCCCGCAUCGACAGCUUCGAGGCAAUUAUGUUGGCGCAGCCCCAGUACGUCGAUAUAUCGUUCUAUGAUGCGUACUACACCUGGGGCGAUGUCCUCUCUGUUCCUGGGCCGUCUGCUUAUGAAAAGGUUCCGGGCAAAGACUUCAACGUACGACUAUCGAAGGUCAUCAACGACACGGAAAGGAACUACCUCAGCCGGACACUGAACCACACGUACGCGUUUUCGGGCGAGUACUACCUCACGGCGGCCCUGCAGAAUCGGACAAGCCGCGACAUCGAACGAGUCAGCGUUACCAAGAUCACCGUUGUCGACGAGGCGCACCUGUGCAGGCCUCGGCUUCAAGUGGACGGCCUGGGCCCGUGUGGCCGUCCGCUCCCGGUGAGCGCACAGCGACCCGCGCUCAUGUGGGUGCGCUCGGGAGUGUCCGGGCACUGCAGCCGACCACUGGUGGCGCGCACCGGCGUGCAGUUCGUGGUGCUCUACGGGCGCGACCAAGGUCAAGCGCCGGUAGUACAAUGCAGCGGCAGCACGGGUCCUCUGGAGUCGUGCGCGCCGGGGAAUUCGCCGCCCGACUGCACCUACAAGGUCACCGUAGACAAGAGCUGCCUGCGCCAGGGCGAAACGGCCAAGGUGGUGCUGCGCCAGAUGUGGCGCGGCAAGACGGACGUGCUGAUCGAGGCUGUGGCCGUCGGCUACCUGACCGCGAGCAGCAGCGCCCUGCAUGCCUCCAUCGACGGCGCGCCGCUGGUCGCCCUGUCCGACGUCGAGACGCUAGUCCUCAACGGCAGUGGUUCUCGACACCUAGAGAAGCCCGGUCAAGCACUGGCAUUUAGUUGGAGCUGCGACCAAUGCGACAAGAACGAAUCCCUAUACCAAGCAUUCAUCAAGAAGCAACCGGACCAGGAGGUUAUCGAGGUCACGGACGAGCUGCAGUAUGGCUCGACUCAAAUACUCAACUUCGUGCUUCGCGUGAGCAGUGAUAGCGACAACGACAGCGCCACAAUCCGCGUGCGCGUUCCCGGAGAUCAGGACGACAUGAUGGCGCUGUCCUGCCCUUGCUGCGAGUUCGGCGUUCUGAGCAGCGAGGACCUGGUGGUGGAGGCCCGGCCACAGCGCACCAAGUUGUGGAACACCAGCUACCCUCUGGUCACGUGGCAAAUACGCGGACCCACGGCUCAGGACGCAGGCGUGCACCACGUGCCACCCGGCUGCAUCGUCGAGCAGCGCGGGGCCGUGCUGCUGAUGCCAGCCGGGUACAUCACCAGGUCCGGACCACACAACAUCAAGGCGAGCGCAUGGAACCAGAGGCCCCAGGCGGAGGUACAUUUCGUUCUCACGCACGAGCUUUUCGAGGGCCAGGGUUUGAGAGAGCAGAGUAACCUCCCACCGACGAAAGGUCACUGCCAGGUGAAUCCGAAGAAAGGCGUAGCCGUCAAGACCAUCUUCCACGUCGGUUGCACAGGCUUCGCAGAUCCCGAGGGAGGCUCACUAAGCUACGGCUUCUACUUCUGCAGUCACGCACCCAACAGGCUCAAGGACGUGGAGGGCAGACGCCCAAAGCCGUGGCAUUCGUGCACGCACAUAAAGUCUAGCCUCGACAACGGCACCUUUGCGGGUGUCCUGCCGGCUGGGAACUCGACGGCGGCCACCACCGACUGCUCUGUGGUCGUGGUCGUCAACGACAACGUCGGGCAGUACGUCUACGACCUGCUAGCAGUGACCAUGGAAAUCGGCUCUUGCAGCGACAUCACGCUGGAGACCGUCGACGACUAUGCCAGGCAAAGCCAGCAGAACAGCCCCGACGCCAUACUCUCCUACAUCAAGAGUUCCGCCAUGUUGUUCAACUCGGAGUUUUACAAACGAUGCAACCGUCCCGGCAGCACCACUGGGACCACAAAUUUGAGCCGCGACGCUGACGUCUUCGACGACUACAUCGGCUAUCUGAAGAACAGCCCCUUGACCACUGAGAACGAACUUCACAAUGCGAUCAGCGUCCUCCAGCUGCUCAUCCCAGACAACAACUCCGCCACGACAAAAAACUUCACAGAUGCGGUGAUUGAGCUCAUGGCUGACUAUGCCAGCGCCUUCUCCAAGCUGACUUCAAUUGAGAGCAACUGGAGGAUCGCGGACCUGACUGCCACCAUUGGGAGAGAACUUAUUGAUGGACUGGCCGCACUGCUUGAUCUCAAGGCCCCUACCCCUCAGGAACUACCAGUAGAAGUACCAGGCGAUUUCCAUCCCGAUUCCGAGUGCGGAACUGUGGCGAAACUGGUACGCAGUGUGGCCCGAGUAGCCGCGGGUGUGUCACGCGUGGUGGACACCGAGCAGAACGACGCGAAAAUCAACGCCAGGCACUACGAAGUGUGGAUUCGAGAGUCUCAAAGGCGAGGCUUCCUCGGCACAUCCGGCGGCAGCAGGGUUCGCGUCGAAGGCAGCGUCGACGCACAAACGGCCAUAGUGUUUCCGUCUAAUCCAUUUCGAUGUCACGAGACGGCAAAGCUGAUAAACACCCAGGUUGUAGGCGUCGAGGCGGCACGAGGCCCCGCAGAAACUCCCUCCAGCGUCCGUGUGCCUACGGAGAGCUACUUGAAAAGGCCAACACCACUCGACUGGGACGGACACGCGGGCACCUACGAAACAUCGUUCUCAAACGUUUCCAUGCACGUGAUUAACGUGACCGAAGCAGGCGUGUUCCUAAAGAUCGACGUGUUCACCUUCGACGCCCAAACAAGAUUUAUAACCGCCGUCGUCUCUGGUCGACGUCCAUCUAGGUUGGACUUCCUCGAGCAGAACAGGUUUCAUCUUGCAAGCAACGUGCCGCACGAGAACCGAAUCGAAUUUGUCCAGAAGCCUGCUCUGGUCACGGUGGCUGUUAUACCGCUUACUAACAGUUCGAAAGCCAGGUUACUUGACCCGUAUCGCAGGAGGGGUGACGAGAACGGCAGCGCGACUUACACGAUGAAGUCGCACUUCUACAGCUGCCUUUUCUGGAACAACACGGAACAAGCGUACUCGAGUUCAGGAUGCCGCGUUCUCGCGGAUUCUGACGAACAGUUUGUUCACUGCGCUUGCGAGCACAACUCCAUUUUCGCGGGCGGAUUGUUCAUCGCUCCGCACCCGAUCGACUUCACCGAUUUGGGUUCCCUUCUGUUGACCAUGUCGAGAAACAUUGUGAUGGCCGUAAUUAUAUCAGCGGUGUGGCUCGUCUAUUUGCUGGUCAUGGUGUGGGCCGCGAAGCAAGACGCGCUAGACGAAGGCGCCGCGGGCAUAGAGUACCUCACAGAGAACGAGCAGGACGAUGCGUUUGGCUAUCUCGUAUCUGUGUACACGUGGUUCCUCAAGGGCUCUGGGACCACGAGCCGAGUGCUUCUCGUUGUCCACGGGUCUGACGACGAAUCCCGUGAAGUGGUCCUUCGCGACGGCGCGCGAAACCCAUUGGCGCUUCAGGCCGGUGGCCGAGACUGGUACUUUCUAAGCCAUCCGUCAAGCCUUGGAGAUGUUGAAGCCAUUUCUUUGACCCUGGAGCUGAAGGGCUACGCGAGCUCCUGGUACUUGAGCACAGUUGUCGUGAGGGACCUUCAAACGGCCUCACAGGUGGUUUUCAUCGUCGACGACGUGCUGACCCCGGACGCGUACAAAGGAGCUUCGACCUUUACCUUCCACGUUGCCGAUGAGGGGAGUCUUCGCAACCCGUGGCGAAUCUUCACCGCCAGAAUCAUCCGCUACUUUCGCGAGGAGCACCUCAUCUUCAGCAUUUUCAGCCGCUUGCCGACCAGCAACUUCACUCGCAAGCAGCGUGCCUCGCUGGCCCUGCUGCUCGUCACCACGGGCAUGAUGGUCAGCCUCAUGUUCUACGGCCUGGACGCCGACGAAGAGGAAUACUUCAACUGGCGUUUCUUGUACACACUACUCGAGUUACCAACGCGGCGCGAGCUCGUCAUUGCCCUGCAGUCAACGAUCCUCGUCACACCGUUCGCAUUCCUGGUCGUCUUUCUCUUAGAGAAGUCCCGGCCUCUGGCAUUUCGACGAAAGCCUACAGUGCCCAAGGUGUACGUCGAAGACGUAGUAGAAGACUGGGUUCACGACACGGACACGUCUACCGGUUCAGCCAAAAUGGGACAGGUGCCCAGGGAGCGUCUUACGAGCAGCGUGCAGCUGCCGCUGUUCCCAACCUGGGUCUCCGUAUUCGCCUGGCUCCUCUGUUUAUCCGCUUCCCUGGUAGCCUCGGUGCUCGUCAUACUCUACGGCCUGACGUACGGUUACCGUCGAAGUCUGUCGUGGGUGCGCUGCAACUUCAUCAACAUUUUCCUGGGUGAAUUUGUGGUGAGCCCGCUCAAGAUCCUGUGCCUUUCGGCAAUCAUGGCUUGCGUGCUGAAGGCGCCUGUAGAGAUGGAGAAUAUACCGGUGCGCUUUAUCGAAUAGUCGCUACAAUCGAUUUUUGGGAGUGACUCGGACACAAGAUUUCAGUAUAGCUGCCUGUUGCGAAUCAUGUGACUAUGCUGGAAUCACGGAUCGUUCUUUCCCUCGAUUCGCCUUUUACAGUGCACUAGGCAAACACUCAAUGGAGCAGCAUGCAUUGUCUUCGCUUGAACAUACAUCCUACGAACGUUUCAAUAUUUGAAUUGUGCUGCACUAUGGCCGACGUAGCCGUGGCUAAGCUCAAUCUGUGGACACGCAACAUAUUCGCUUAAACUCGGGACAGUCGCACAACUCAUGUGGUACACCGCAUUACAGGCAGCUAUUUUGGUGACCAAAUUAUGGAUAUCUUUCUCUUGGCUGGCAAUAAUAAAAUAUAUUGAUUUAAAUGUUCUUAGGGGCUGCGCUAGAAGGAGACUGCGAGACAUUUGUCUUCAACUAAAUGAACAUUUAUUGCAAGAGUGACAUCAUGUUAGGACUAAGUAAAUUGAUAAAUAAAAAGCAGGGAGUGUAACCAGGACUCAGCCCGGUUGGCUACCCUCUAUUGGGAAGGAAAGAGGGCUGGAAACGAAUAGGAGAAGUAGCGAAAGUCCACUGCGGAUAUCGAAGACGUGGUAGCAGUUGUCUGCUAUAUAUCACUGACCAUCACUCAUACGGAAUCUCAGGCGGCCACUUAAUGCCGUAGCUUUCCAAGUUCGCAGCAGCGCUUUUGUGGCUUUUGGUAGCUGCGACAUGCGAGGCGAUAGUCCCAAGAACUUGUUCAUGGUGAACGGUUUCUUAUCUAACCGAUUUAGAGCUGUGCAGAGGUCGUCUUCCAUUUCUAAAAGAUAGGCAAUAGCGCAGUAGGUGUUCUACUGUGUCCUCGACACCGCAGGCAUUGCACUCGACGCUAUCAGCCACAUCUAUCACACACGUGUACGCAUUCGUGAAUGCAACGCCCAAGCGUAAGCGGUACAACAUUGUUUCCUCACUUCGCAGGAGUCACCCAAUGUGCGACUUGCUAUAGUGCAGACGAAAGAGAACGUAUAUUAACCCCGUUCGACAGAACGAACAGACGACAGCGAACCAUACCCAUCUGGGGAGUUGUAAAUGCUGCACUUUUUUCGAUAUGCUUACGUAAAAAAAACUGCAAUCGCACAAUUAUGUAAAACGUGUGGUAAAUGAAUUUAUCUUUCUAGGUUUCCAGUUGAGCGCCCAGGAACGCAAACUCAUAACCCAUUGAUGCUAGCACCACUUCUGUUUUAUUCGUCCUCAAAUCUUCUCAAACAACAAAGGUGUUCCACUUUCACCUGCAUUAUUUGACGCGAACUUCUUGGAGCUCUGUUAAGUGCAACGCACAUUAAUUGUUAGAAAUGGUUGGUGAGGAGUACCGAGUAAGUAGGGCUAGCUGCCACUUCGCGACUCGCAAAAAAGUG